CACAUAGCUGCAGAAGUUGCAGAGACCAGUGAUGCCAAUGUGCCAUUAUUAUUACUGGGUCUCAAAGGCAUCCUUGCUGGUUAUAUCAUUGGUACUCCCGAAGCAAGACAAAUAAGAGUUGACCUUUGGAAUUACGACCUUACUUAUGUUACAUAUCUUGCCCUCAAACAGGACUUUAGCAGCAUAGAAGGCUGUUGGCAUACUGCAGCAGAGUUAUCAACCAUAAUUUGCUCAGCAUGCCUUGGUUAUGUCCCCGAAAAAAAGGCUGAGUUUCGAAAAAAAUUUCUUCCUGAUGUGGUAGAAUCAAUGCUUAACAUAUCAGAGAAGAUUCAGGCUAAGGUGAUUGAAGAAACUGAUGGCACUCAAAAAAAGCAGCACUUGCAAGACCUAAGAGUUGUUUUGCAGUCACUGACAAAGUUGUUUGAGAAUUACAAAUUUCUAGCAUUACAAGUGAUAUCUUCAAAAAAGUACAUGCAGUUGCUAAUGACAGAGGAAGAACAAACUUGCUUGAUUAUGAUGAUUCUAACUCAGAACAUUCUGCGAGCUGACAUGAACUGCUUAGCAGACCUUAGUCAAUCACGACUUCACGGGGUAAUUGAUGAAAUUGUCUUCAAAAUUUUCUCAACACAGCAUGUUUCAGUCGCCAGUUCUGCAAUGCGUGUGUUGUUACUUUGCAUUGACUUAUACUCUCUUCUCUUGGAUUUGCUUUCCUCUCGCCGCUACAGAGGCUUAAGAUCAUACUUACGCAAAUGGAAAGGCCGCGGCUUUGACGGUGACCUUCAAAGACUGACCACAGUACUAGAGGCUAAAUCAGCUCAACAACUGGAAAUAGUGAAACUAAAUGAAGCUGCCGCUCUGAUUCAGUCUGUCUAUCGUGGACAUUUGACAAGGAAGAAACUGAGUAAAGCUAAUAAAGCAAUUGGCAUGUUUCAAAGAAUGUAUCGAGAAAAGAGGAAAAGAACAGAACAAGAAAAAACACAGGAUCAAGAAAGACAUCAAAGAGAAGAAAUUGAGAAGUCAAGACGAAGAAAUGAAUUUUUGUCAUCUAGGACCAAGCAGUUGCAGAUCAUCCAAAACAUUCCUGCCAAAACAGUUAACACGUUUUUGGAACGCGUAGAAUUCGACGCUGCGUCAAAGAUACAAUCAAGAUGGCGUGGAUUCAAGACUAGGAAGAAGAUCCAACCACAGUUAGCUGAGCACAGAAGGAUUGUUGCAGCUGUCAAAAUACAAAAACAGGUUCGGAAAUGGCUUGCCAAAUGUAGAGCGAAAAAAGGUGCAUUCCACACAGAGCUCUUUCCGCAUGGACUUACUGAUGAACGUAGGGCCUUGCUGCAAAACCUUAUUGCAAAAAUGAGAGAAAAAUACGAGGUGAAGUCGAAGCCGUUUGAUGAGCUCCAACAGCUCAAUGAAAAGAUGUUUUCCAUGCUAAACAACCAUGUAAUGGGCCUUCGUAUGGAGAGAAUAAGCCACCAAAGACGAAAGGCUUUACUGGCACAGCUUGAUGUUGACAGCGAAACGUUUUUGAGUACUCCCAAAUUGACGGAAGUGACUAAAAAAGACGUGGAAAUGCUCUCGUCUCGUUCUGUACCAGUUGCUGUUGCUGCAAGACGCCAGCACAACGAGGUGCUCAGAAAACAGCAACAGCCAUGGUGGCAAUCUCUAAUGGAAGAAAACGAGGACGUAGAUAUUGCAAAGCUCAAAGAGAGACUGAAGGAAGGCGAGCUGACUGAUGAGGCAGAGAAACAAUUUUGAGUAUUGCCGAGGUAACUUUUUUUUUGAGAAGCCAAGGAAUAUGUAUGUGAAUCCUACUGUAAGAAUGUCACCACUUAUUUUACACUUAUUGGGAUAAGUACAUUCUGCUUACUACCAUUGAGGGAGAUGUGCUGGAAGUCAUCAUUGAAUUGAUGUUGCCCAUCUUUUACAUGUAUUUAUAUUUAUAAUAGUGUUUAAUAAGCAACAUAAACUGUGCUCAAAAUGUAAAUCAGCAUUUGGUAUGUUUCGUUGCUUGGAAAAAUUUCACUUUGGUUAAUUCCAUUUGCAAAAAUUGGUAUACAGCGCAAAUUUUAAUUCAAAUUUAAAGAGAUUUAACUAUCAUGAAUGAAUGGUCUUUGCUAAGGUUUCAAAACUGCUUCUCUCUUCUUGAAGAGAACAUUCUAUUUGGCCGUGUCAUUCUAGCGUUUUUCCAACCUUAUUAUCAUCAUUUUUGUGCUGUAUCUGCUGUCCGCUGGAAAUAAUCUCACCUGUAUAAUAUGAAUAAAUGUAAACAUGCUGAAAUGUAGUUUGCGAAUUCAGGUUUUUCUAUUGAUACCUGUGGAGUCACACAAUGCUGCCGAAUAUCCCCUGGAUGCUAGAUUACUUUAAUUGCCAAUCGCUCUUUCUAGUUUGCGCUAUUUCUCUCAAAUCUUCUUCGUUUGUUUUGUAUCUUGAAUGAUAAUAUCAUAGAAGAGACGCAAAAAGCGGUA